AUGGCAGCACGCUGCUUCCUUGCCGGCUUAGCCGUACCAAUCUUAGUGCUGCAAUUAAUAGCCACCAGCAAUGCCGUUUGCUGUGUGACCAAGACCAUAGCCUUUGACUUGACCGAUCCGACGGAUGACUGCAAGUUUUACUAUGCCCAGAAGUGGAAGACGGGCUGCAAGAUCGACGUCUGCGAUGACGGCUUCCAGCCGGAGGGCUUCUAUUGUGGCAACGGCAAGUGCAACAUAUUCGGCUGCCAGUGUAAAAACGGCUGCGUAACAGGCGACCCAGUGAAUGCGACCUCCAAUUAUUUUGGCUUUUGGAACGUUGAUAAUGUGCGCAGAGUAUUCGUGCGAGAUGGGCAAUGA